AUGCCUGGUCGACUGGUAGAGAAGUCUCAGAAGAGAGUCCUUGCUGACGCCACCAACACCCACAAUGUCCUCAAGUCCCCCUCCUCGGCAAAGAAGAGGAAACUCAACGACACCGGCCUCAAUGCCAAUUUCACAUCCUCACAAGCCGCCCAGAAUGGCGUACGAUCUAAAUUUGGGUCUAGUCAGCCCAAGAGCCAUUUCGAGACCGAGGUGCUUGCGAAGAUGACCCAGGACAUCACUGGCUUGAAGGAGAAUAAUUCAGAAAAAGAUCAGCAAUGGGACCGUCCGAGUCUCGAUGAUUUCAAACCCGACACAGAUGACCUCUGCUUUCAGCAGAUAGAGAUUGAAGAGGGUACUCUUCACGGGGGUAGAGUCACGUUGAAAAUGUUUGGUGUCUCAGAGACCGGCCAUUCCAUUCUCCUCCAUGUUACCGACUUUUUGCAUUACCUCUAUGUCGCCGCCCCCGUCAACUUCCAGCGUCAAGAUGUCGAAGGGUACAAAGCUUUCUUGGAGGCCCAACUUGCACAACAUCAGCCCGCAAUCCACUCCGUCCAAAUGGUUCUACGUGAAAAUCUAUAUGGCUUCCAGGGCAAUCAGAAGAGCCCAUACCUCAAAAUCACCGUCACAGACCCCAAGUUCAUCAACAAACUGCGUUCGGCACUUGAAGACGGUCGGGGGAACUAUAAAGGCAUGUGGAAAGCGGUCGAGGGCAAGAUCUUGACCUUUGACAGCAUCCAAUAUGUUCUACGCUUCAUGAUUGACACGGGAGUUUCUGGAAUGUCCUGGAUUGGCGUUGGGCCAGGAAAAUACAAUGUCAUGCCUCAGCACGAACGCCAGUCCAACUGCCAGAUCGAAGCAUAUUGCCAUUAUCGAGAUCUUAUCUCUCACGGCUCCGAAGGACAAUGGGCGAAGAUGGCCCCACUCAGAAUUUUGUCCUUUGAUAUCGAGUGUGCAGGCAGGAAAGGUGUCUUCCCUGAACCAAACAUCGAUCCUGUCAUUCAAAUCGCCAAUGUGGUCACCAGAUACGGAGAAACCAAACCAUUUGUCCGCAAUGUUUUCGUCCUGGAUACCUGCAGCUUAAUAGUCAACACCCAAAUCUACGAGCACGACUCCGAGGCCAAAAUGCUCAUGGCCUGGCGCGAUUUUCUCGAAAAAGUCGACCCCGAUGUCAUCAUCGGCUACAAUAUUGCCAACUUCGACUUUCCAUAUCUUCUCGACAGAGCAAGACAUUUGAAACUGACAAAGUUCCCAUACUGGACUCGAAUGAAGAGCGUAAUAUCUUCUUCGCAAAGCACAAGCUUCAGCAGUAAACAGAUGGGCAACCGCGACACCAAAUCUACCAACACCAAUGGACGUAUCCAACUUGAUCUUUUACAAUUAGUCCAGCGCGACCACCAACUGCGCAGUUAUACUCUCAACUCGGUGUGUGCGCAUUUCCUGGGAGAGCAGAAAGAAGAUGUCCACCAUACAAUGAUUACAGAAUUGUUUAAUGGUACACCUGACUCCCGACGAAGAUUGGCUGUAUACUGUCUCAAAGAUGCAUACCUGCCACAACGGCUUAUGGACAAACUCAUGUGUUUGGUCAACUAUACCGAAAUGGCCAGAGUCACUGGUGUCCCAUUCAACUAUCUCCUCGCUCGUGGUCAGCAAGUCAAGUUCAUCAGUCAGCUGUUUCGCAAAGCACUCGAACACCAGCUUGUCAUUCCGAAUCUGCCGAAUGAAAGUUCUGACGACCAGUAUGAAGGUGCGACUGUCAUCGAACCGAUCCGAGGAUAUUACGAUGUCCCUAUCGCUACACUGGAUUUCGCUUCUCUAUAUCCCUCAAUCAUGCAAGCACACAACUUGUGCUAUACGACCCUCCUCAACAAGAAUAGUAUUGACAAACUUAACCUCAAGAAAGACGAAGAUUACAUCCUGACUCCCAACGGCGACUACUUCUGUACUGCCAAGGUCCGCAAAGGUCUGCUCACGCAAAUUCUGGAAGAAUUGCUGGGUGCACGGAAGCGAGCAAAGAAAGAGCUCGCGAGCGAGACAGACCCUUUCAAAAAGGCCGUUCUUAACGGUCGUCAGCUGGCCUUGAAGAUUUCGGCCAAUUCAGUCUACGGUAUCACUGGUGCGACGGUCGGAAAACUACCAUGUCUUGCUAUUGCGUCAAGCACGACUGCCUAUGGCCGUCAGAUGAUUGAGAAAACAAAGCACGAAGUCGAGACCAAGUACACUAUCGCCAAUGGCUACUCCCAUGAUGCACAGGUCAUCUACGGUGACACGGAUUCAGUCAUGGUCAAGUUCGGAGAGAAAGAUCUAGCGAAGACUAUGGAAUUAGGCAAUGAAGCUGCUAAUUUUGUCAGUUCAAAGUUCACCAAACCCAUCAAGCUGGAAUUCGAGAAAGUCUACUUUCCGUACCUGCUGAUCAACAAGAAACGUUACGCAGGAUUGUACUGGACCAAUCCUGACAAGCACGACAAAAUGGACAGCAAAGGUAUCGAGACCGUACGAAGAGACAACUGCCGGCUCGUCCAGGUCGUGAUCGAGACUGUCCUUAAGAAGAUUCUCAUCGAUCGAGACCUGGACGGAGCGCAAGACUACGUCAAAGAAACCAUUUCCAACCUUCUCCAGAACAAGAUCGAUUUGUCUAUGCUAGUCAUCACCAAAGCCCUCUCGAAGAAAGAAUAUGACGGCAAACAAGCUCACGUGGAACUUGCAGAACGCAUGCGCAAACGUGAUGCAGGCUCAGCUCCCGCCCUCGGCGAUCGUGUCGCCUACGUGAUCAUCAAGGGCUCCGCCGGCAGUAAGAACUACGAAAAAUCCGAAGACCCCAUGUACGUGUUAGAGAACAACGUGCCCAUCGACACCAAAUACUACCUGGACAACCAACUCGCGAAUCCACUAGGGCGGAUCUUCGAACCCAUCCUUGGUGAACGUCGCGCGAAUUCCCUCUUGGCAGGAGAUCACACCCGGUCGAUUUCAGUGGCAGCACCGACGUUGGGAGGCUUGAUGAAAUUCGCCAAAAAGACACAGACAUGCAUGGGGUGCAAGAAACCGCUGGUCGGCAAGGAAGAAGCACAGGGUGCCGUGUGCGAGAACUGCCGGCCGCGGAUCGGCGAGUUGUAUUCACGCCAGGUGAAGAAAACAGGCGACCUCGAAGUGCGCUUCAAUCGCCUGUGGACUCAAUGUCAGCGAUGCCAGGGCAGUAUGCAUUCUGAGGUCUUGUGCUCCAGUAAAGAUUGUCCCAUCUUUUACAUGCGUAUGAAGGCACGUAAGGAGGUGGAGGAAUCUGGCCGCGAGUUGGCUAGGUUUGAUCAUGACGUUGGUGCGCUUUGGUAAUUGUGAUUUGUGGAGGAUGGUCUGCUCUGGUGUGGCCUGAACCAAUGUGUUGGUCUAUCAAUCCGUGCUUUGGAGCGAAGAUUCACGUGUGAAGACAGAGUUCUUAUGAUACGAAGACGUAUUCGCUUUUUCUACAUGAUCCUAUGGCGUUGCGUGUCUCUCGCAUCCUUGGUAACACCUGAAUUCGUGGGAUCAGUGAGAUGAUAAAACAGAGGCGUCCUCACUCAGGUAUUGAUCACGGUAAUGAUUAUCCUAUAGGCUGUCGUCAUGAGAGGCAGAGUCAUACAUAGGCCAAAAUCGUAGUUCAACUCG